CUCCACAAUCAGGCGUUCGGAAAUGCGACUGAUGCUAAGAUGUAAACAGAGCUUGGGCAGACCAGUGCUUCUGUUCGGCGACGAGAUCGGUAGCUGAACGUCCGUCUCAACUCUCGAAAUUCACCAACCCAAGGCGACGAAGGGCAUGAAGGGUGUCGACAUGGAGGCGUUGUCCCCUAGGGAUGCUAAUGCCCAACGGCCCCCCCGAGCGCACGAGCUGAAGACCAAAGCUGCCGCGCAGCUGAAGACAAGCAAGGAUAAGGAGCACCCGCCACCGCCUCCCAACAACGUCGUCGAGCCACCAAGCUCCGACUGCAAGGAUGGGGUCGUUUACCAGGUUGGCAAGCUGCUCGGGAAGGGCGGCUUCGCCAUCUGCUACGAAGGCAAAGCUGCAGGUGCAUCGAAGCGCGUCGCCCUGAAGAUCGUCAAGAGCAAGAUGCCAACCAAGAUGGAACAGAAGUUCCAAACCGAACUGCAAAUCCACUCCAAGAUGCGUCAUCAAAACAUUGUCCAGUUCCAUCGCGCGUUUACAUUUGAGAACUGCACCUACCUCGUCUUGGAAUUGUGCCCCAACGGCUCGCUGAUGGACAUGGUCAAGCGUCGCAAGGGCUUGACUGAGGCCGAAGUGCGCUUCUACACGGUGCAGAUUGCCGGCGCCAUCAAGUACAUGCACGCCAAGGGCAUCAUCCACCGGGAUCUGAAGAUGGGCAACAUCUUUCUCGACAAGUACAUGAACGCCAAGAUCGGAGACUUUGGUCUCGCAGCCCUGCUUCUUACGGGCAAGGACAUGCAGGUCAUGCGGCGAACGACGCUGUGCGGGACUCCCAAUUACAUUGCACCCGAGAUCUUGGAGAAGGGGAAGAAGGGUCACGACCACAUGGUUGAUAUCUGGAGUUUGGGAAUCAUUGUGUUUGCCAUGCUUACAUCGAAGCCCCCGUUCCAAUCUUCGACGACCGACGAAAUCUAUCGCCGAGCCAGAGACCGCGACUACGAGUGGCCAUCACCCGAGACCUCAUCCAAAGUGAUUAGCCAGGAAGCCAAGGACCUCGUAGCGACCAUGCUCCAGGACGCCGAAAAGAGGCCCGACCCCGACACGAUUGUCGCACACCCCUUCUUUACGUCCGGAUACAUGCCAGUCGCUUCCGAAAUCAACUACAAGCUGCGAGAAGCCGCGCCGGAAAAUCCGGCCUUUUACGAGCCUCUCAAUUCACAGACCCAAUCACUCAACCUUCGCAACGUCCAGGAGAUGUGCCGAGAGUGUGGUGUUGGCCCGUGGAGCCAGUCACAGUUGGUCUUCAGGAAGAUCUGGAGGGAGAUGGCGGAAGAGGAGCAGAACGGCCUGACCCCCGUCAUCCCUCUGGCGGAGGGCGUCGUGUACCGCCCAUUUGACGAGGUCAAGAACGAGCAGAAGCUCCAAGCGCGACUCGCAGCUCAACAGAUGGAACGGCAGUCGUCGCAGGUUUCCGAUCAGACAUACGAGACCACGAGCCUCGGGGACAGUGAGUUGAGGAGCUCCACGGAGGGCGCGCUGUCUCAGAAACCCACAACCGGACUGCUGCUGCGGGCUCCACCACAGAGCUUUGCGGCACAGCAGAGGGCGCAACAUCGACCUACCUCUACAACCGGCAUUUCGCGGUCCAAGACCGUGACGGAGCCGGCUGCCAGGACCGUGGCCUUGCGACCACGCCCGGGGAGAGAGACGGCCCCUGCAGAAUCUCAGCCUUCCUCGGAGGAGGUUGUCCCGGUCUCGAGGACGACCACCCGCACCCUGCGCAGCCAGGUUACCUCGACACGAACCAAAGCCAACGGUACCUCAGAGGAGAAUGCUCCGCCUCUGCGGCGGUCGGCUUCCACGAGGGAGAAGCGACAGGAAGAGAGGCUAUCUCUCUUCAGCCCAUCCGAGUACCAAGAAAAGGUGCCUGGUACGCAGCCAGAUGUUGUUCUCGAGCGUCUCCAGAAACUGCAGGCCGAGCUCGAGAGGGCACUCAAUGCUCGUACCAUGGCGCUUAUGUCUUCAAGAGACAAGACUCCGGCCCCCCCACAUAUCGUGGUCAAAUGGGUUGACUACACAAACAAAUUUGGCCUUGGGUAUGUCCUAAACGACGGCAGCGUUGGCUGCAUUCUCCGCAGCAUCCCGGCGCCGGACGGUCCCAACCCGGGCAUGCUUCCUCCCGCUUGCCUCCUUGUGCACGGCGCCGAGCAGCACUGCAUGCGCAAGGACGACCCGACCUACAGCGCCCGACACCAGAUCGUGCCCAUGAAAGAGGGCAUUUACUUCUACGAGAACAACGGUGAGGAGGGCAUUUCGCGCGUCCGAGUGCCACCCGAGAACUUCAUGCUCCCCGUCAAUCCCGACGGCACGGUGGGCAAGCUCUCGGCAGGGCGCGAUAUCUACGAUCACCGCAAGCGCGAGCGCAUAGUCCUAUGGAAGAAGUUUGCCAACUACAUGAUCGCAUACGGCCGCGAGAUGGACAACAACGGUUUGACCCAGUCCAGAGAGUCCGGGGAAGCCGAACCGGCCAUCCGCGUCCCGACAAUCACGGAUCCGACCGCAGCGCCACCCGACGUCGUGACUUUCUAUCAACGCUUCGGGGAUGUCGGCUGCUGGAUGUUCGCCGACGGCCAUACGCAAUUCAACUUCCCCGACCAUACCAAGAUCGUGCUCGACCCCGCGGGCGUGUGGUGCCAUUUCUGGCACCUGCCGCAGGAUGCGGCGCGGCGCCUGGAGGAGACCGGCUCGCUGGCCGAGUCGGCACUCGAUGACCGUUCCGUGCUGUCGUACCCGCUUCAGACUCUGCUGAACUUUGCGAAGCCGCCCUCGACCGGUUCUUCUUCUUCCUCUUCUUCUUCUGCUGCUCCUGCUGCCGGAAGCGGCCGGCGCAGGCCCGUGAUCCCGCCCGAGCUGCGCGACAUACCGGCGGCCAACCAGUUCCGCAAGAAGAUCGAGUUCGUCCGGGACGUGGUCCGCGAGUGGACCGCCAACGGCGGGCUGGGCAACAGCGACCUCAGCCGCGAGCGCCGGCUGCGCUGGACCGGCGUCCGCGAGACCCGCGGCGUCCCCAUCCCCGCCAAGCACGUCUGGGUCACGAUCGGCGCCCGGGGCGGAGACGAGCGGCUGGCGGCCAUGGUCGACCCGCGCCGGCCGGGAAUCAUCGGUGAGGACGUGGACGAGAGGCGACGGGACAGGUAGUGCUACUUCGCACAGUGGCGGCAACCCGGCGGUCCAUGCCCACCGCAGCUUGCUUUCUCUCUGAUGAUAGUUCAGUGUUCAUACCCGCUUGUGCCGGGGAAUUGUGGGAGGUUGCCCGGGGGGGGGGGGGGGUUGGUGAGGGCGGCUAAUCUGCUUCUCGAAAUGUUGUUGUUGUUGUUGA